AUGACAAUACGAAAAUUGCUCCAAAGAAGAAUCGGGAUCUUAAACACCAGACAAUUGAAAGUUUUUAAAUUUCAAGAGCUAGCAACUGCCACAAGUAAUUUUUGUGGAGCUCAUAUGCUUAGCCAAGGUGGAUUUGGGAAAGUUUACAAGGGAACGUUAUCUGAUGGACAAGAAAUGGCCGUGAAAAGGCUAUCAAAGGGGCCGAUACAAGGUCUAGAGGAGUUUAAAAAUGAAGUCAUAGUGAUCUCAAAAGUUCAGCACAGGAAUCUGGUUAGACUUCUAGGUUGUUGUCUUGAAGGGGAAGAAAAGAUGUUGAUUUAUGAAUACAUGCCUAAUAAAAGCUUGGACGCCUUCCUUUUCGAUCCCACAAAACAGCAACGCUUAGAUUGGAAUAGAAGAUUCCAAAUCAUCGAAGGGAUAAGCCGGGGAAUGUUGUACCUACACAGAGACUCAAGACUGAGAGUCAUACAUAGAGACCUUAAAGUUAGUAAUAUUCUAUUGGAUGAAGACCUGAAUCCGAAAAUUUCAGACUUUGGUAUGGCAAGGAUAUUCGGAGGUAAUGAACAACAAGCAAGUACUAGAAGAGUAGUUGGGACACUUGGGUACAUGCCCCCAGAAUAUAUCUUGGAUGGACGGUUCUCCGAAAAGUCUGUUGUUUUUAGCUUUGGAGUGUUGCUACUCGAGGUUGUUAGUGGAAGAAAGACAACGAGUUUUCACCAUCUAAAGCAAUCAUUGAGCCUUUGGGGAUAUGCAUGGCAAUUAUGGAAUGAAAGUGAAAUGAAAAUGUUUAUCGACCCAACGAUACUGAACGAAUCAACUCCCUUGGAAGAAAUUUUUAGAUGUAUUCAAGUGGGACUAUUGUGUGUGCAAGAAUGUGCGAGAGAUAGACCAACUAUGUCUACGACUCUUUCUAUGCUAACAAGCAAAAUCUCAACUCUUCCUACUCCUGAACAUCCUGCAUUCACUGACAGAAGGGUUUCUACAUCAUUGGAUUCCCUCACACAGAGCUUGGGAUCAUCUUCUGCAAAUCGUCUAACUGUAACAAAUAUUGAAGGGCGUUAA